GUUGUUAAUGACAUGCUGCCUGAUAGACUGAGCGGAGGGCUCUAAACGCCCAGCACAGAGAGUAUGGGACUUCCUGCUCGGCUCUAGAGGCGUUGAGUGUUUCUGCUGCUCGCUGAGCUUUCUGGAUCUAAACAGGACAAGCAGCUAGAUAACGACUCGUCUUAAGGCUCGGUUCCAGCUGUAAUUAUCACACUAACAAGCUGAAUUAACAACCUCGUCGAGAACCUCGUCGAGAGUAAGAAAACAGGAACCGAGGAGCCACCGGAGCUGCUGAGAGCAUCAGUCCGCCGACCAGAGAGCUUAGCUCGGAUUGCUGCUAGCAGACGGACCGGUGGAGGAAACACUCAGUUUAGUGUGUUUAUUAACUUCCAUAAAGCUCCAAACUACACGAGGACUUCAAGAAACUUGUGUCGACAAACCUGGAGAGAGCGAGCAUGCGGUCGGAGCCACGGGCGUUGUAGGAUGAAGAGCCCGGCGCACCGCACCAGGGACAUCGAGAGGCAAGCUGGCUACCUGAGGCCCGAGCACUGCGCCCCUCCACCGCCCCGCAACGGCUCCGACACCAUGUGGUUCAUCCGCGACGGCUGCGGCAUCGUGUGCGGCGUCAUCACCUGGUUCCUGGUCUUCUACGCCGAGUUCGUGGUGGUGUUCGUCAUGCUGCUGCCCGCCAAGAACGUGAUCUACAGCCUCUUCAACGGGGUGAUCUUCAACGGCCUCGCCUUCCUCGCCCUCGCCUCUCAUGCCAAGGCGAUGUGCACAGACCCGGGAGCCGUGCCUAAAGGGAACGCUACCAAAGAAUUCAUCGAAAGCCUGCAGCUCAAACCAGGACAGGUGGUGUACAAGUGUCCCAAGUGCUGCAGCAUCAAGCCAGACAGAGCUCACCACUGCAGUGUGUGUAAACGCUGCAUCAAGAAGAUGGACCACCACUGUCCCUGGGUGAACAACUGCGUCGGAGAGAGCAACCAGAAAUUCUUUGUGCUCUUCACAAUGUACAUUGCACUAAUAUCCUUCCAUUCGCUAAUCUUGGUGGCCUUCCAUUUUGUUUUCUGCUUUGAAGAUGACUGGACAAAGUGCAGUAACUUCUCUCCACCAGCAACUGUCAUCCUCCUCAUCCUCCUCUGCUUCGAGGCUCUCCUCUUUCUGAUCUUCACCGCAGUCAUGUUUGGGACCCAGGUCCACUCCAUCUGCAGCGACGAGACGGGUAUCGAGCAGCUUAAGAAGGAGGAGAGACGAUGGGCCAAAAGGUCCAAAUGGAUGAACAUGAAGGUGGUGUUUGGUCACCCGUUCUCUAUAGCCUGGAUGAGCCCCUUCGCAAAUCCCGACCACGGCAAGGCAGACUUGUACCAGUACAUUGUGUGAAAGCUGGACGCCAGAGCUGAGCUCCGCUGCUGUGGACUUCCCGGUCCGCCCUCCUAUUGGCUGGACCUCAACGAGCAUGAACUCCUUCUUAACCACUUCUACGUUUUCUUUCGGAUAUUAUCGAUAUUUCAGGGUGUUCCGUUGUAAGCUACGUCGUUAAAAUGUUUUUAUUUUUUAAAAAACCUUCACCUUCUUUAUAUUUUAUUGUUUCCCUCUUGGUGCUGACUGAGAUUACCGAGGAGUUGCUGUAUAGAAACACAAGAAAGAAAACAUCUCAAACUAAGCUGCGAACACUUGACAUGAGGCACUUAACCACGAGUCGGUGAAACAACGCCAAGAGUUCUUCCUGCAGUACGUCUGAUCAUUUCCUGCUUCCAAGACUAGACAAUGUGAACUCGAAACUGAAGUCCAGAACGUUUUCACGGUCCGGGUGCCAAGAUGGACUCCUGGUUUUGUCUUUCUGUAAACAUGGUUGUGAUUCUGUCACCUCUUCAUUUGCUGUAUUCCCGUCGUUGCAAUAGUCUUUUACUGAGUGCUGCGGAGGAUUUUUGCCUUAGAACAGUGCAUUAGUGAACGCUGGCAUCUGCUAUUUUUAAAAGACAUUUCUAUUAUUUUGCCUUAAUGUGACAGUCAGGGUGGGACAGGAUCGCAUCGGUGUGUUGUGUCUUUCUUUAAUGCCAGAUUGGUGGAUUAGUUCAGGUCAACUAAAACUACAUUUUUAUCAAAUUUCUUUAGAUUUUCAGUCUGCACUAAACCCCACCUCUCUGGCACGCCAAGAAAGUUGAAACAGAUCAUGUAUAAAAACAGUUUAAGUAUGUUCUUUUUUUCUUUAUCCUUUAGACCGGCUAUUAGCCAGGUUCCUGAAGGACAUUUUAAAAGGCUGUAGGACAGAGAGCCGCCUCAGUUAAAGUUAUAAUCCUUAAGAUUUCAGCCCUGGUUGAUUUGGCAACACCCGGGGUUAACAGUGAUGACAUUAAGUGCGAUUUGAGUACGACAGCAAACACUUGUUGAGCAGCUUCUUUGUCAGAAAUACAACAGAAGAGCAACUGCUGAAUUUGUUAACAGCGCUGCCAAACAAACUCUCAGUCAUAAGCAGGUGAUCUGAUUUCAUGCUUGGGACUCGAGCUAAACAGUUUAUGGUGCUAAUUCUUCAGUCGGGUGGCGUUAAACCAUUGAAGAAGAAGAGAGCACAACGAGAUGAGCCGGUUAAAACAUGAUGGAAAUAUGGCAUUUAUAGUUAGUUUCAUGCAAGUAAAGACAAAACAUCCUGGAUACAGGAGCUGCCAUCUUGAGAUUUUGACGUCAUUUGGAGUCGGCGCAGUAGUGAUCAGGAAGUGGAGAUGCAGUAUCGAGAUGUUUUGGCUUCACUUAAAGCUGGGGACACACCAAGCCAAUAUCAAAGAACUAGCGGCGACAAAGGCCGCACGUUGAGUCUUCUCACGUCGCCUUUGUCUUGGCCAAAAAGUUGCACUCGAACACAACGCAAAGACUACAGCCGGCGGCCAACUACUACGUCCGUUCGGCGCCUGCGUGAGAGGAAAUAUCUCUCCACAACAGCAGGUCGCGGUUGUCUGUAUUCAUCAUUCAAAAGGGAAACGGGAAGACCAAGGACUGCGGAUAUACAAGACGUUGUUAUGAUACGUACAUGCAACAAAGCAGCGUCUGCCGACCAUUUUCAUUUACUCGUUGGCUUGCUUUCCUCACAUCCGUUUCUCUUCUCGUGCACUGAUUCAUUUAAGCUGAACAGCCAAUCAGAGUGAUUUUUCACACCGACAUGCACCACCGCUGAUUCAGCAUGCUGAAAAACAACUUUGGCACGGGCAGACUGGUGCGGGACACACUGAAAAACUAGGCCGACAGACGCCCACCGACGGACCCAAACGGUCUGACGGCCGUUGUUGUGUCAGGGCCUUUAGGGGAGCUGUCAUGUACUCCAUCUUUAUAUACAGUCUCUGGUUUCAUGUCAUGUAAUAUGAGGAAUGUUACAGCCUCCUCAUCGCUCCGUACAGAUCUGAUGUUUCCAUCUGCUGCAAUUCCACAACUCUUCAGUGGACAUUUAAGUCACAUGCUCCAUGUACGUCAUGAUUUUAUUCGCCAGGUCUGUUUCCAUUGAGAAUGGCAGACUCCGCCACUAACAAAGAGAACCACUGUAAAGAGAGGUAAUGACUGAAUUUAUCUACAUAGAAUGGCUACUUACUGAAAAAAUGCGGACCAUAAAUGGUAUCAAAAAUGGGGUUUGAAAUCAUGGAAAUCUUAAGGAUUAUAACUUGUGACACUUGGCAGGUAAACAAAGUCUUGUUUCUAGUCAAAGAGGCAGCACGGUUUGUAAUAUCAAUCGGUUUUAGCAUCCAGCAGUGUCCUUCUUUUGACUAUUUGUCAACUGUCUGUGUAGUGAAUCCAGCCGACCUCUUUGCUUUAUAACCGUUUUAAUCACAGUCACCAGCUCGGAUAGGAAGUCAGGGAAUAAAAGCAAUACACAUUGCUCUCUGAAUGCACUGACCCCUAAGUGUAAUUCACUCGCUCUCGAUUGAUGGAAUUUGCUUGUGGAUAAUCCAGUUUGUCUCAUAUUGUAGUUGUGAGCGUGACUAGAGGGGAAAAAGCCUUACAGGAUAAAAUGUUGAUUAAAAUUUAGGCCAGUGGGAAAUGUUCACCGAGGCCUGAAAGGCCACGUUAGAAAUGCACGUUCUAAUCGUCGCCUCUGCGGACAGCACUGAACCGAGGAGAUUAUUUCACCUUUAGUGAUGAGGUUUUGGUGCAGAGAGGAAGUAGGCCACUUCAAAGCAUUUAACACUAAAAAUGCCUUUGUUCAAAUGUGUUCAAAAGCCUUACUGUAUUUAUAAAACCUGCUUUUUGAGGGCGAUGAAAGGACAUAUAUGCUGCCAAAUUGAAUGCUUAUUGAAGAGAGGCAUCGAAGUAACCAUUUCAAGAGUAGAGCAUUAUCAUGAGUGAAGUUUUCUUAGGCUUUUAAAAAUCACUGAAGUUUUUAAAAAACGUCAAAACGUUGUCAUCGUGUGGAGAUGCAACGGUUGCUAUCCAGUUUACACAUACAGUACACCAGCUUUCUUCUUUUUUCUUGAAUUGUUCGAUAUGUUGUUUGUGGUCAGGUAUGAAUACCAUUUGUAGUACUUACCGUGGACCACAUGACGUCUUUUUUCUUUUAACCGUGGUAUUUGUUUAAAGGGGAAUGAAAUAAAACAGUAUGUAUGUGACACAAUUUU